AUUUCUUUAAUCUACCAAAAUGGUUUUAAAGAAGAAGAAAGAGAUUCAGGUUGAUGCCUUUGUUCUUGAUCAGCAACAGCUGGAAAGACUUCAGUCUUUUGCAGAUACUGAAGGACAAAACUUAGCCUCUGUUCUAUUGGACUGUGCGCGGUUGACUGAUGGCAUCCAGCAAAUCCAGUGUAUCAAACAGAUUGUGCCUUUACUGGAGAAGAUGGAUACAAGCCCUUUAUGUGACCCCAUAGUUAAAAGCUGUUUAGAUAUUUUGGGAGUUAUCUUCUUAUCCCUGGAUAUAAAGAACCCUUUGAAAAAAGUGUUGGCAAGCUCUCUAAAUGGCUUUCCUGAACCUCUUAUGGCAGAAGCUACACACAGUUUUGUUGCUUGCCUUAGAGAGGAAUUAAGAACUACAGACUUGUCUCAUUAUAGAAAGACUAUGGACAAUCUUACUUGCUGUAUGGAAAAUACCAGUAUAGGUAAAUUAAGUGUGAAUAUCCUCUUCAAAGAAGCUCUUCAAUUUCUGCAAAAAUCUAUACUUGAAAUAGAGGAAGAAAACAGAAAUCUCUGUGGAAAUCGCAUUGCUCAGACUCGGCUGAUGCAUGAUUUGCUGAUUGGGGUUAAAGUUUCAAUGAUGUUGAUACAAAAAAUUGAAGAAAAUAUUCAAGAAAGGUUCUGGAAGAAAUUGGAUUCUCCUAUCUGGCAAAGUAUGUGUGGGCUAUUGAACAGUUUUACAUGCUUCUUAAAUAAUGAAGACCUCUUACAAACUGUCCAGACUACAGCAGGAUUGGCUGUUGUUCUCUUUAUUAAGACUAUGUUUGAACCAGUUGAAAAGCUGCCUUGUUUGAUUAGUGAUUUGCUUUGUGGCUCAUUGAAAUGUUCUGACGUACCGGAGUGGUUUGUGAACAGCUGUGGGAGUCUUUGCACUGCUGAACUAUCUGAUUCUGUCCUCCUUUUUAUUUGCCAUGGAGCACUUGCUAUGUUAGAGUGGAAGAAUGAGAGCAUGGGCCAGAAUGCAGAGAAACUGCUUUUGGAUAUUGCUUUGGCUCUGUUGACUUUGAGUACACGGCUGAAAGAGUCUGUUAUGGCAGCAUCCCUAUCCAGAAUUUUAACUAUUUGGACUAAUGCAGCAUUGGAUGCUCUUCAGUCAAGUUCUACAAACCUGAAGUUCAAUCUCAAUGGAAACUCGGACACGAUUGGAAAAAUGCUGGAUUAUGUGUAUGCGCAUUGGGAACAUCCUCUGGAUGCUGUUAGGCACCAAACCAAAUUAAUAUUUAAGAAUAUCCUCCAACUACACCAAGCCACUGUAAAAGGAUCCGAUAUAAAACUAGACCCUUUCUUUUUGGAGUUAACCAACAGCCUGCUAAGUUUAGAAUGGCACGUUAAGGGCAAAUACUCAUCACUUGGCUGUCUUGUGGAGUGUGUUGGCAUUGAAAAUAUUCUGGCAAUGGACAGGACAAUUCCUUCACAGAUCUUGGGUGUAAUGAGUGAUCAGUCUUUUGCACCAUAUGCUGGUGAUUUAUUGGAAACCAUGUUUGUGAAUCACAAGAAGCAUCUUACAUCCAUUUCAGAAAGGAACACCUGGGUUGACAAUUGGCAUGAGACAUGGGUGUCUCCCCUGCUUUUAAUUUUGUGUGAUGGAAAUCCAGAGCAAGCCACCUAUGUAACUGAUUAUUACCUACCAAAGUUGCUGAAAUGUAGCCCUGAAAGCUUGAACUACAUGAUUAAAAUUCUUCAGACUUCUGCAGAAUCUAAUGUUGGAUCUUGCAAUACCAGAGGUGCACUUGGAGCCUUGAUGGCAUGCCUAAGGACAGCCAGAGCCCACAGGCACUUGCAAUUUACAGACAUAAUGCAUGGUGGCCUUGUAUCCAUUGGAUGUAUGAAACAAGGUUUAGUUCAUCAACAUGAUCAGGUGCGAAUAGAUGCUUUAGGUUUGCUUUGUGAAAGUCAUCGUAGCACAGAAAUGAUCUCUGUAGAAGAAAUGCAGCUGAUACAGUUUUUUAUUAGAUACAACUUGAACAGCCAAUCUCCAGCAGUGAGGCAACAGAUUUGUUCCCUACUGAAGAAGCUGUUCUUCCGGAUAUAUGAAAGUUCUCAGACCAUUCAUAAAGUGCAGCAAAUACAAUCCAAGCAAGGUCAAGUUAAACACUCUGUUGUGUGGGAUCCAUUGAUGACUUUGCAGCAGUACAAGGAUUUCAUGUCCGCUUUCUCUGAUAUACUUUUUGAGGCCCUUUUUCCUGGUUCAUCCCAUCCAACCAGAUUUACUGCAUUGACUCUUUUGGGAAUAAUAGCUGAAAUAUUUCCUGUUUCAAAAGGCCAGAGCCAAGAAUUAUUUCUGAUAGCUCAAGAGGUUGAACCUACUCGCAUUGAAACUGUACUCCACUGUUUUGCCAGCACUUUCGAGGAAGUAAAGAUUUUGGCAUUUGAUGUUCUGAUGAAGCUUCAUCCUGCCUUACCUUAUUUGCAGGAUCCUGAAAAACUUCAGCCAUUGUUUCAAGUAGCAAUGCAGCUCAGUAAAAGUACCAAGCCCUAUGACUGUGUUACCGCUUCCUAUUUACUGAACUUCUUGAUACACCAGAAAGGCCUGAUGAAGACGUGCUUAAACAAUCAUCUACUUGUGAAUACAUUUCAGCCAGAUGACAAUAUGUCUGCUGAUCUGGUAGAGGAGAACACGCUGGCUGUUAUAAAUCACUUGCUGGAAAACCUCGAAGGAGAAAUACUUCAAGCUGAGAAAUCUUUACUGCAAGCCGCUGCUUCAUUCCCAAUGUAUGGCAGAGUACAUUGUAUAACUGGAGCUUUGUGCCAGUUACCUCUGAAUAAUAUGACAUUGAUUGCUGAAUGGAAAGAGAUGGUGGCAAAGCUUAUUCUGAUGUCCUAUAAGCUUUCUGCUGUAGUAUCUCCAGUAGUUCAAAGUUCAUCACCAGAAGGCCUUAUUCCAAUGGAUACUGAUUUGGACACUUCAGAGCGUUUGCAGUUGAUUCUGCGUGAGAUACAGCCAUGUGAUACGAAUGAUUAUUUCUCAGGAGCAAAAUUGUUGAAAGAACAUUGCAGGCUAGACUGUGCUGAUGAGAGAGCUGAAAACAUUUGCACUGAAAUUAGAGGUGAAGAACAGCAGACAUGUGAUGUUACAGCUCAGAUGGUGCUGGUGUGUUGCUGGCGAAGUAUGAAGGAGAUAUCAUUACUUUUAGGGAAGUUGUGUCAACUUCUGCCUUUACAGGCAGUUCCCAGUUUAGAUGCGCUGAUAACAGUAGAGCAGGUGAAAGAUAUUGGGCAAUAUUUCAGGCAUCAUCUUCUGAAGUCUAGGCACAGAGGAGCAUUUGAGCUAGCCUAUGCUGGCUUUGUAAAGCUCACUGAAGUACUCUCAAGGUGUAACAAUGAAAGCCUGAACAAGCUACCACAGCAGUGGCUGUACAAUGUACUGGAAGAAAUUAAAUCAAGUGAUCCUUCAUCUAAACUUUGUGCCACUAGACGGAGCGCUGGGGUUCCAUUCUAUAUACAGGCUUUAUUAGCUUCAGAACCAAAGAAGGGCAAAACAGAUCUGUUAAAAAUGACAAUGAAAGAAUUGAUCCAUUUAGCUUCACCUUCAAACGCAUCACCAAGCACAAUCCCGCAGGUCCAUGCUUUAAAUAUCUUGAGGGCUUUAUUCAAGGAUACCCGCUUAGGAGAAAACAUCAUUCCUUAUGUGGCAGAUGGAAUGCGAGCAGCAAUAUUAGGUUUUACGUCUUCUGUCUGGGCUGUGAGAAAUUCAUCUACACUUCUCUUUAGUACCCUAAUUACAAGAAUAUUUGGAGUUAAACGAGGAAAGGACGAGAACUCCAAAAAAAACAGAAUGACAGGAAGGGAGUUCUUCACUCGGUUUCCAAACCUUUAUCCGUUCUUACUCAGUCAGUUGGAACUUGCCGCCAGCUCAGUGGAUAGUGAAACUAGUGAGGUGAAGCUCCAUCCAAGCUUGUUCCUUUUGCUUUUGAUCUUGAGUAAGCUGUAUCCGUCACCAAUGGAUGGUGCAUUUUCUGCCCUUAGUAUGGCUCCUUUUGUCCCAUUUAUUUUAAGGUGUGGUCACUCGCCAGAGUACCGCUCACGUGAGUUGGCUGGCCGAGCUCUUGUUCCCUUUAUUAUGCUAAACCUGGUGCCACAGACAGUGUUGUCUUUGUUGGCUGGACUUCCAGAUUGCACCGAACCUUGUAUACGACAGAAUGCUGUUCAUGGAACACUGCUACAAGUUUUUCACUUGCUGCAUUCCUACUUGGACUCCAAACACAGGGCUAAUUCAGACUUUCUGCAAGGCCUGAGCAACAUCAUCACUUGUAUUGAAGCCAAGCUGUGGUUGGCUAAGAGGCAAAAUCCUUGUUUGGUGACUCGAGCGACAUACCUUGAUGUCCUUGCUCUGCUGAAUAAUUACCUUGGGAAAUACAGAAUAAAAGGAACACAGUUGCUCAGAUUUUGGAAGAAAAUAGACACAAUUACCUCUGACUCCGAACUGGCAACGGGUAUCAGCUAUUCCCCUGCAGUGCCUGGACUUGCUCAAUAUCUCCAAAGCAGCACCAAACUUUUCAUAUCUAUGUGUUCAAUAACUGCAGAUCCCGAAUUUGCAAAUCGAAGUUUACUUGCCAAAGAGAAAAUACUGGAUCCUUGUUUGUCAGUUGCACAUCUGCUACAUUCUGAGUUCUAUGAAGUGCGUUUUUUGAUCUUGGACGCAAUCCUGCUGUGGUUGCAUCAAGUGAAUUCUAAACAUGUGAUGGAAGAAGGAAAAAAAGUUCUGUUGUGUCUACUGUCUGGCUUGGAGGAGAUCCUUCUUAGGAUAGCUGUAAAGGAAAAGCAUCCAGAAUGUUUUUGCAAGGUACUAGAGGCUCUAUACUACAUGGAUCUCAAAAAUGUGCUUCCAAAGACAGAAGAUACUAUAAAAAUGACUCCAAGAGAUUUCUUGCAUUGGGUUAUGAAUAUUGCAGAUGGUUCUGACAGCAUUGAAAUUCAAAGUAUAUCCCUUAAGUUUGCCUCAAAGUUGGUCAUCCAUCUUGUACAAAAUUGGCAGGCGGAGAUGAAAUCAGAGCUAAAACAAUGGGUUGAAAAAGUUGCUUCUUGUUGUGGAGAUGAACAGCAAACAGAUCUCAGGUUGGCCGCUGCAGAGAUUCUUGUGAGUGUUACGCCGUUUUUCCUGACCAGUCAGAAGCUUCUCUUGGGUCUGUCCGAUACGCUACUCCUUUGGAAAUGUGUUGUUCAGCUAUUGCAGAGCGAAGAGCAGGUAGUAAGAGAGACAGCAGCUGAUGUUAUAAGAGUGGCCAAGUCUCAAGAAAAUAUGUUUAGGAACGAAGAGCUUGACUUCCAUGUAGUAAAUGCAGCAAUGGCUUUGGAUUUAACAUUUUCCAUACUGUGUGAACUGCUACAGCAGUGGGAGCAGAUAGGUGCUGGCAUCCCAAUCUUAGUAGAGUGGUUGCUAGAAAAUGAAGAUUUACAAGAUUUAGAGACAACAUCCUUGGUGGGAAAUGAGUACCUCUUUGACAAAGGACAAGUGAAUUUUUGGGCUGAGAAAUUAACGAAGGUGCAUCAACUCAGUAAACACCUGCUGCUGCUCAUACCAGUGACUCAUGUCAGUCCAUGUGAUCAAGGAAAGCUGCAUCAGUUGGCAACCACAGCGUCUGAUCAAGCCAAAGUUGUGACACAGCUUCUUAAAGAAAUGCCUCCAACUCCAGAAUUCUCCCAAUCUGUUGAAUUCACAAAGUUAGCUAUUCAGAAUGAAAGAUUAUCGAUUUGCUUUAAGAUAUUAAGCUUGCUUGGAGCUGAAAAUGAGACUUCCAAGAAACAAGAAAAACUCGAAAACAUGACUAGUGACCAUGUGCUCACUGCUGGCUGCAGCUUAACCACAUUGUGAACACAGGAACUGGUGCAUUUAGUUUGUGCACCAUAAAUGUACAAGGAGCUAUAGCAACACUUCUUCAUACUUGAAUCUUCAUCAAAUAUGAUGUGGAAGACUGCUUCUGUGAAUGCACUCAUUUUCAGCCAGACCCAGCAAGGUUUUGUUGCAGGUACUGUAGGAAGUAAAACUGCCAGUUUCUUUCCAUGCACCAGGUGCUGGCCACCUGCUGAUUUAAUUUGCUGAUUUUACUUUAUAAGUUGUCCUUCCUGUUCGCUGAUGUCACAAUCCUUGACUUCACACAGCUUUUUCAUUGUGUACUAGGAUCUAUGCACAAGCAAAUGUACCUAAUUGUGACAAAGAGUUUUAAAAGAACCCAAAAAUAAGUAAUGCGGCCUCUUAUCACUGUCAUGCUGAACUAAGACUUCAUAAGUUACUUCUACCUUUAAUCAUGGUUUUUUGGGGGAAACAUUCUUUCUCUUUGUAGCCGCAAAUACCAGCUUUUGGAUGUAACUCUUUGAUUACCCUUAUAGCUUAACCAAUUCAAUAUUAGCAUGCUAUCAUUUGUGCGCUUACAGCACAAAAGCUUAGAUUGCCAUUAACUUUAAGUGGAAAUCACAAUGCUCAGAAUAAAACAUGUCUUUUCAGCAAGUAAGGCUACUAUUUCCUUAUCAGCAAUAAGACUCCCAUCCUAAGUAUUCUUCAAUAGGACCUGCAUUUUAGAAUUUUUCUUUAGAUAUGAACCAUAGUUGACUGCAACCUCUUAAUAAUUUUCUUAAUGUACUUUGCUAUUAUUUUUACAUUAAAUGUCUUGUACCAAGUUGUAUUGCCGAAUUGAAAAUAUUUUUCACAUCUGUUA